AAAAAAAAAAAUCUUUUUUGUAUUUUCAAUUUUCUCUCAUAAUGACCAUGCAUACAAGUGUUUCAUCGUCUCCUCUUGGGCCGCCGGCAUGUGAGAAGGAUGCUAAGGCCCUUCAAUUCAUAGAAGAGAUGACUAGAAAUGUUGAUUCAGUCCAAGAGAAAGUUUUGGCAGAAAUACUAAGCCAAAAUGCCAACACUGAGUAUCUUCAAAGAUUCAAACUUGGUGGUGCUGUGGACCGGGAUACAUUCAAGUCCAAAGUACCAGUUGUCACGUAUGAGGAAAUUCAACCUGAUAUUCAACGUAUUGCUAAUGGAGAUCGCUCUCCAAUUUUCUCAUCUCAUCCCAUCUCUGAGUUCCUCACCAGCUCGGGGACAUCUGCUGGUGAGAGAAAGCUGAUGCCCACAACUCAAGAUGAGUUAGACCGGAAACAACUAUUGUACAGCCUUCUCAUGCCCGUGAUGAAUCUGUAUGUCCCUGGUCUAGACAAAGGGAAGGGCUUGUACUUUCUAUUUAUAAAAGCAGAAACUAAGACACCCAGUGGGCUACUAGCAAGACCUGUCUUGACAAGUUACUACAAAAGUGAUCACUUCAAGACGAGGCCAUACGAUCCUUACAAUGUGUAUACUAGUCCCAACGAAGCUGUUCUCUGUGUCGACUCUUUCCAGAGCAUGUACUCACAAAUGCUUUGUGGCCUUCUUAUGAGAGAACAAGUCCUCCGGUUAGGGGCUGUUUUUGCCUCUGGUCUACUUCGAGCUAUUCAUUUUCUUCAACUCAAUUGGCAGCAACUUGCUAAAGAUAUCGCUUCAGGAAUAUUGAAUCCCCGAGUUUAUGACCCUUCAAUAAGGGAAUGCAUCUCCAAAAUACUUAAACCAAAUCAUGAACUCGCAGAGUUCAUUAUUAAGGAAUGCGAAAAACAGAACUGGGAAGGGAUUAUUACUAGAAUUUGGCCAAAUACAAAGUACUUGGAUGUGAUUGUCACAGGUGCAAUGGCUCAGUACAUCCCUACUCUGGAUUAUUACAGUGGUGGUUUACCAAAGGCGUGUACCAUGUACGCAUCGUCCGAGUGUUAUUUUGGCCUUAAUUUAAAUCCAAUGUGCAAGCCAUCUGAAGUAUGUUACACUAUAAUGCCCAAUAUGUGCUACUAUGAGUUUAUCCCUCAUGACUCAGCCAAUCCUCGUGACUCACCACCCCGUCUCAUGGACCUAGCCAACGUAGAAGUGGGGAAAGAAUACGAACUCGUGAUCACUACCUACGCUGGAUUAUGUCGUUACAGAGUCGGUGACAUACUCCAGGUCACGGGGUUUCACAACUCUGCCCCUCAGUUUAAAUUCAUAAGAAGGAAAAAUGUGCUAUUGAGUAUUGAUUCGGACAAAACUGAUGAAGCCGAGUUGCAAAACGCGGUUGAUAGCGCUGCUGCAAUUUUGCGCCUGUACAAUACUAGCGUGGUCGAGUACACUAGUUAUGCCGACACUAAAACCAUUCCGGGACAUUAUGUUAUUUACUGUGAAUUACUUAUUAAGGACCCAACCAAUUUUCCGAGCCACGAGGUUUUGAACCAAUGUUGUUUGGCUAUGGAAGAAUGUUUGAACUCGGUUUAUCGACAGUGCCGAGUUGCAGAUAACUCAAUUGGACCACUUGAAAUUAGAGUAGUGGAAAAUGGUACAUUUGAAGAGCUAAUGGACUAUGCAAUUUCUAGAGGUGCAUCUAUAAAUCAGUAUAAGGCUCCUAGGUGUGUUAAUUUUACACCUAUAGUGGAAUUAUUGGACUCCAGGGUUAUUUCAGUGCAUUUUAGUGCAACUGCUCCUCAUUGGACCCCAGAACGACAGCGUUUACAAGUCUAAUGAUGAAGUCAAUUCAAGUCAUGAUCAAGCCCACAUGAGUGGAAUAAAACCUUUUUUUUUUGUUCUUUUUG